AUGAGAAGAGAACUAUGGGACAAGAUGCUUCAAUUCUCUGAUAUGGAAGAACCUUGGUGCACCAUUGGAGACUUCAAUGUAAUUACUCAUGUUGAAGAGAAGAUGGGGGGCCAACCUUACAACAUAAAGAAGAGCCUUGAGUUCAUUAGUGUCAUAGAAGCUUGUGGACUCAUUGAUCUUGGUUUUCAUGGACAACAAUUCACAUGGUGCAACAAGAGAGAUGCAGAUGCCAGAAUAUGGAAGAGACUUGACAGGGCCAUGGUCAAUGAUGCUUGGUUGGAGGUCAUGCCUGUGAGCAUUCUUAAUCACCUAGCCUCUACAGGUUCUGAUCACUGCCCUCUCCUGCUGGAAUGUACUGAAAGACAAAGUCAUACUAUCAAAUAUUUCAAGUUUUUACACUGCUGGGUUGAAAAUGAAAACUUCCUUGAUACUGUAAGAUCUUGCUGGGAAAGACCUGUGGAUGGAAAUCCAAUGAGGACUUUCCAUCAAAAACUGAAAAGAGUCUCUAAUACCCUUAUCCACUGGUCUAGAAAUCAAUAUGGUGAUAUAUUUGCUUCAGUCAAACAGUUUGAGGAACAGGUGAUACAAGCUGAAGAGAAUAUCAUCAAAGACAAUUCUGAGGAUAACAGAGCCAAGCUAAAUCAGAUAAAUGCCCAGUACAUCAGUGAUGAACAAGGAAACUCUAUCCAGGGUGAUGACAAUAUUGCAAGUGCAGCUUGUGCACACUUUGAGAAACUCUUUACUGCUGAGGAGAAACAUAUCAAUGAAGAUGUGAUUAAAUGCAUCCCAAAGAUAGUUACUGAUCAGCAGAAUGAGCUAAAGGAGGUAGUAUUUUCUAUGAGUCCUACUUCAGCUGCAGGGCCAGAUGGCAUGAGUGGCAAGUUCUUUCAAUCAUGUUGGGAUAUCAUUAGUGAUGAUCUGCUGAAGCUAGUGCAACACUUCUUCAAUGGUCACUGUAUUCCCAGGUACAUAUCUCAUGCAUGUUUGGUUCUAAUUCCUAAAACUGAGCACCCCAACAAACUGUCAGAGUACAGGCCCAUCUCCCUCAGCAAUUUCACUAGCAAGAUCAUAUCCAAACUACUCUGUCUCAGACUUGCUCCCAUUCUACCUCAGCUCAUUUCAGACAAUCAGUCAGGAUUUGUUAAAGGUAGGAGCAUAUCAGAAAAUAUAAUGCUGGCACAGGAAAUUAUUCACAACAUUAAGAAACCCAAUGUAGGGGACAAUGUAGUGAUCAAGUUGGAUAUGGCUAAGGCAUAUGACAGGGUCUCUUGGUCCUUCACUUGUAUGGUCAUGAGAAGGAUGGGAUUUGGAGAAGUCAUUAUUGAUAUGGUGUGGAGGAUCAUGUCUAACAACUGGUAUUCAGGAGCAGAAGUACUAUCCAGGAUGCUGAAUAAUCUUAACCAACACUACCUAUAUACUGGAUUCCACAUGGAAAGAAGGGGCCCCCAAGUGAACCACUUGAGCUUUGCAGAUGAUGUGAUCAUCUUCACUGCUACCAACAACUUGUCCAUGAAUCUUAUUACCAAGACUUUGAAGGUUUAUGAAACAACUUCAGGCCAGCUAAUCAACAAGGACAAGAGCCAGUUCAUGCUUCCUCUUAAUACCAAUCCAGAUGUUAUUGAUAGGAUAAGCAGGAUCACAGGCUUCAAGUGGACACAUGGUCCCAUUACUUACCUGGGCUGUCCACUCUACAUUGGAAGGCAGAGAAUCAUUUACUAUACAAGUAUGGUGUCCAAAGUUCUAAGCAAAAUCAAAGGAUGGCAGACUAAAGUUUUGGGAUAUGAAGGCAGAGCAACAUUGAAAAUCAGAAAAUAUGCCCCACCUCAGCUGGUGCAGCAGAUACUAGACACUGAGAUAGACUAUCACCCUAACAAAGCUGAUCAAGCCUGUUGGAAGUUGACUUCACAUGGCAACUUCACUUCUAAAUCAGCCUGGGAACUAGUUAGAAAGAAAAGAGCCAAGACCCUGACUGAUGGGUGCACUUGGCACACUAACAUUCCUUUCAAAGUGUCUUUUCUACUAUGGAGAGCUCUGAGACAGAAACUCCCUACUAAUGAUAAACUUGUCCAAUUUGGAGUAGUACCAGCAGCAUGUUCUUGUUGUUACAGACCAGGCUUGGACAAUUGGUGGACUGCCAAGCCCAGUAAUGAGGCUCAGAAGCUCAUGUUGCAGGCCACUCCUAUCUUUGUAUCAUGCAACUUUGAGCCAUGUGGUGGUGUUGCAGCAGCUGAGCCUGGAAUUCAUGCAUCACCUACCAUAUACAUACAUACAACAACUCCACAACAGCACAUGGAGCAACUACAGUAUAUCAACAGCAGGUGGAGGCUCAUUCAGCUCUAG